CUAUAAAUACGGCCGGUGUGUGUGGAGGCGGCGAUCGCAGAGAGCGGAUCAUCCCCGGCCAUGGAGUUCCUGAGGUCACUCUUCUACCCCAAGGAGAUCUACAACCUCAUCAGGUACAAGAUGGGCGGCCUGACCAAGGUGGAGCAGGACUCCAUGAGUGAGAGCCUACAGACCUGUUACAAAUACCUGAAUGAGACUGGCAGGAGCUACGCACCAGUCAUCCAGGCUGUGGAAGGGGAGCUACGGCACGUAUUUUGUAUCUUCUAUGUGGUUCUGAAAGCUAUGGACACUGUGGAGGACGACAUGACUAUCAGUCUGGAGACCAAAAUCCCCAUUCUGAAAAACUUUCACAAUCUACUGUACCAGCCUGACUGGAGGUUCAUGGACAGCAAGAAGUAUAGUCGCCAAGUGCUAGAGGAUUUCCCAACUAUCUCUCGGGAGUUUAGGAACUUGGGUGUCUUCUACCAGGAGGUGAUUGCCAAUGCUGUUCGUGAGGUAGCGUUUGGGAUGGCGGAGUACCUACAGAAGCAAAUAGAGUUUGUGCAAGAUUUGGACAAGUACUGUGAUUAUGUAUCCUCUUCGUUGACACGUAGCCUGUCAGUGAUAUUUUCUGUCUCGGGUCUGGAGGAUCCUAUUGUAGGAGAGGAUAAGAGGUUGUCCAACUCCUUUGGUCAGUUCUUGCAGAAAACCAACAUCAUCCGUGACUUCCUGGAAGACCAGCUAAACGGCCAAGCAUUCUGGCCAAAAGAGGUGUGGAGUAAAUAUGGGAAGAACUUGUCUGACUUUACCAAGCCGGAAAAUAGUGUGCCAGCCGUGCAGUGCCUGAAUGAGCUCAUCACCAAUGCCCUGCAAUAUGUGCCCGACGUCUUGCUUUACCUGUCCAGACUGCGAAACCAAAGCACGUUCAAAUUCUGUGCAGUGCCGCUGAUGAUGGCUAUCGCUACAUUGGCCACCUGCUACAACAACCCGCAAGUGUUUCAAAUAAAGGUGAAGAUCCGGAGGGGUCAGGCUGUUACUCUGAUGAUGGACACCACAGAUAUGCAGGCUGUAGAAGCCAUCACAUGUCAGUAUGUGGAGGAGAUCUACCGGAAGAUUCCCCUGACAGACCCGUCAUCUGAGCAGACACGAAACAUCCUGGCUACCAUUAGGAAAUUCAGUAUACCUAAUGGCUCUACAGACUCUGCCAAACCUGGAAAUUGGUUACUUGAAUAUGUAUAUAUACCAUAUUUAUCGGCAUAUAACACGCACAAGCGUAUAACACGCACCCUAACUUUAAGAGGGAAGUUCAUCUACUAUGAAAGAAGAAAGUCAGUAGGUCACAUCCUUGGAGUGUUUUGUAGCAAACUAAGCACUUCCAUGUUCUAUAACCAGAUUGUUUAG